AUGUUGCUCGUCAAAUCUUUGAUGGGCAGUGCAUUGGCCAUGGCAUCCACAGUUGUUGCCACUGCCGCCAAUCACGACCAGGUCACCUUGGAAAAGGAUGUCAUCAUCAUUGGCGGAGGCGCUUCUGGCUCUCACGCAGCAGUUCGCCUGCGCGAAGAUUUCGGGAAGACAAUCGUCGUGAUUGAGAAGGAAGCUACUCUGGGAGGCCACGUCAACACAUACUCAGCCCCGUCUGGAAAUUAUUACGAUUUCGGCGUUCAAGUAUUUUUGGAUAUCGAGGGCGCGGCAGAUUUUUUCGCUCGUCUUGGCGUUCAGACCAAGGAACCCAGUCGCACUCCUGUCACGAACCGCUACGUCGACUUCACAACCGGCAACAGAGUUAAUUACACCGACCCAGCCAGCGAGGACAUUACGGCUGCUCUGGAAAAGUACGCCAAGAUCUGCGCUCAAUACGAGGACCUGCUUGUGCCUGGCUACUGGAAUUUCCCGGCUCCCAACGAUAUUCCGGAGGAUCUUCUGCUUCCUUUCGGCGACUUCGCCAAGAAGUAUGAGAUUGAGGCUGUUGUUCCAUCCAUAUUCACAGUUACUGGUCUUGGAGAUACCUCAAAAGCGCUUACUAUUUGGGUUAUGCAGGCCUUUGGCGGCGAUAUGGCCCGGUCGUACCUUGGUGAGCUCAAGACAUUGGUUCCCGCGUCAGGCCGUAACCAAGAACUUUAUGAUGCCAUUGCCGACUUGCUGGCUGAUGAUGUUCUAUACUCGUCCAGGGUCACUAAGUCUAAGCGUUCCACUGAGGGUGUUACUAUCACUGUCGAAAAUGCCAGUGGUAAGCGCACUCUAAUUAAGGCCAAGCGACUACUUCUCGCCAUUGAGCCUACGCCUUCGAAUCUGGCCCCCUUCGAUCUUGAUCACAGAGAAGUCGAAGUCUUCAAUAAAUAUAGCUACGUGAAUCUCUAUGUUGGUAUUGUUGCCAACUCCGCCCUGCCUAAGGGCGAGUCACUGGUUAACCUACCCGCAACCGCUGCGCCCAACAACUAUUUGGCCUUUCCUCAGCCGUCCUUUACAACCUAUUUUAACUGGGCUGGCACUGAAACAACGGAUAUCUUCCGCCACAUAGUCGUUGGCAACGAGACUCUCAGCGCGCGUCGUGCCAAGAAGCUGGUGCAGGAUGAUUUUGAUCGGAUUAUCAAGGCCGGUACUCUUGAGAACCCAAAGUCUACUAAGCUGGAGUUUGUCGACUUUGCGGUUCAUGGCCCUAUCUACCCGUGGGCCUCUGCCGACGAGCUUAGGGCUGGUUUCAUCCAGGAUCUAUAUGCCUUGCAGAGUCUGCGAUCGACAUGGUGGACUGGUGGUGCUUGGAGUGUCCGGCUCCAGACUCAUCUGUGGUUGUAUAAUAACGUACUUCUUCCUAAGCUCAUUGACGGGCUGGAGAGUGGCAAGACAAGCGUAUAG